GGCACUCACUUCGGACGAAUAUACUCUGACCUGCUUUGGGCAGGAUGGACAAAGUGCCUCUAAUUGAUUUUUCAGCUUACAGUCUGGAUCGUGAGAGCCCAGAUCCAGAAAGGUUUCAGAAGCUUAUUGAUGAAGUUCAUCAAGCUCUUACUACCAUCGGGUUCAUGUACUUGAAGAACGUCGGGAUUCCAGUUCAAAAGAUUAAAGAUGCCUAUUCUUCCUCCAUGAAAUUCUACUCAUUACCCGGGGAAGAAAAACACAAAUAUGCUGGACCAACGGGAACAAACCACGGAUACCAACGGAUGGAAGAGGAAAGGACGAAUCCGGAUGUACUUUUCAAAGAUCUGAAAGAAGUGUUCAACUAUUGUCCAGCGGCCGGAGAAAAGACGUUUCCAGAGAACGCCCUACCAGAGUUUAAAUCGUCUCUGAUCGAGCUCUUCAACGCGAUGGUUCCCCUUAAUAUUAGAGUGAUGGAGGUCAUGGCCAGAGGCUUAAAACUCCAAGACCCGCACUUCUUCCAGGACAAAUUCAAAUUGGCGGGAACAUCAAAGAGUCACACCACCCUGAGGAGUGCGUAUUACCCCUCCCUGGAGGGUGUAGAAAUAAAAGAGGGUCAACUCCGUUGCGGAGAGCAUUCUGACUAUGGAGGCAUUACACUCCUCAUACAGAACAAUCCCGGUCUCGAGGUGAAAAAUGUUGACAACAAUUGGGUACCGACACCACCGAUAGAGGGCACUGUGGUUGUUAACAUUGGAGAUCUAAUGCAGAGAUGGACGUCAGAUAUACUGGUCGCGACAAAACAUCGGGUCGCUAUCCAAAGUGAUCAAAUGGAACUUAACCAUGAUCGCCAGUCCCUGAUCUUUUUUGGCUACCCGGAUAAUGACGUAAUAAUUGAAUGUACUGACGGGACAAGCAAGUACCCUCCAAUUGACAGCACCGAAUAUCUCUUUUCACAGUUCCAGGCAGUCCGCGCUAAGAAUAAUUGAUAAUAGAUGUCUUUUAUCUUGGGCAACCAGUCAUAUCUAUUAUUUUCGUCAUCAUAAAAUUUCUUCGAUUUUCACUGUAAAUUUAAAUUUAAUACUUUAUAUUAAUAUAUAUAUAUAUAUAUAUAUAUAUAUAUAUAUAUAUAUAUAUAUAUAUAUAUAUAUUAUAUUCAAAGUUUUUUUUUCUCACUCUCUCUCACUCUCUCUCUUUCCCUCUUUUUCUGUGUAGACAGGGUUGCCACCACAUGAGGGGGGGGGGCAGGACAGGAGUCAGUUUCCUCAUAUGACUCUCAAAGUAAAGAAGCCCCAAAAAGAGAUAAAAUAAAGAGAGCAAGGAAGAAAGAACGAUUCAGAGUAUGAAGGAAUAACUCUGGGUGGAGUAACUCACGUCAUGUGCACCCCCCUCCUCAAUGAAAUAUCUUGACGCCGCCCUUGACCCUUAAAACAAAACCAAACAAAAAAGGGAAUCAAUGUAGAAUGUUUACCAAAAGAGGUUCGUGAAAUAUAUUUUGCCUUACAUACAUAAAGAGCAGCAGCAACAUUUAAUUUCAGGACGAUGCAAUUCAUUUAGCGCUCGUCACAACUUCCAACGCACUAAUUGUUAUCCACACAAUUUCAAUCUUGGAAAACUGAAGUUUUAUGGAAUUAUUAUGGAAUUAAGGGUAACGAAUAUGCUUGGAUGAAAGCGUAUAUAACAAACAGGAGACAAUCUGUCUAGUAAAUAAUUGUAUCAGUGAAAGUGUAAAAAUUAGAUCGGGCGUCCCACAGGGAUCCGUAUUUGGUCCAUUAAUAUUUUGUAUUUUUAUCAAUUAUAUAUGUAACUUGAAUUUGAAUGUUAAUUCCAAAAUUUGUCAGAUGAUACUGCUCUGUUCUGUUAUGAUGUAUUAUCUAAGGAGGUUAAAAAAAAUCUGCAAAGUGAUUUUGAUGUUAUCUGUAAUAAGCCAGUUCGUAGUUCCUUUCUGCGCAUGAUCAAAAAGAUUAUACGCAUGAUCAGAGGAAGGUCAUUUGUACUAAAGUGACAUGGUGGUUUAAAAUCUAAUGAGACAAGCACCAACUUUGAUGUCUUGAUUAUUUAUAUAUUCUUUUGAAUUGUGGUUUUCAUUUACAUCCACAAAAAAAAAAUGCGUCCACGAACGACUGGUAUUUCACAGUUUGCCAAGUACAUUGUGCAACAUGCAGCUAUGAUAUGCAUUCAAAGUAGGAAUGCGACAAAUACCUUCAUAAAGGGUUCAUUGGUGUGCUAUUCUAGUCACCUGGUCUAUUCAAUCUAUUCAUCCUGCUAUGUAAGGCAAGCUUACGUAAUAUCUUGCUUUGAAAUCUGCCUAUCAUAAUGAAAGUUUUAAAAGGUCAUUUGACCAAAAUUGUCCCUGAAGUAACUACGAACUGGUCUAUUGGCACAACCUGUAAUAACGAUAUACAUUUGCAUCCAAGAAAGAUAAAAGUCAUGGCUUUUGGUCAUAGGAAAAGACUGAAAAAUUAUGUUUUAAAGAUAAAAUAUAGAAAUGAACCCAUAGAAAAUGUAAAUAUCAUCAAAUACUUGGGUGUAACACUUGACUCUGGCAUGACGUGGGGAUAACCUGUAUGUAGUAUCAUUUUUAAAAUAUCUUGCACGAUAGGUUGUAUAAGCUAGAGAAUCAAACAAUUCCUUCCACCUAGGAUUCUUAAGAAUUUAUAGUUUGCCAUGAUUUUACCUUACAUUGAUUAUUGAUGCACAUCUUGGGGAAGCUCUGCAAAAACCAAGAAAAGACAAAAACUGCAGAAUAAGUAUACCUGAAUAAUUCUGAAUAAGGAUUAUCUUACUCCCCAACAUGAAUUGUUGGCUACACUCAAAUGGCAAACGUAUUAAGUAUCAAUGUUGUGUUCUUGCUUUCAAAAUACAAAACGAUUUAGCCCAGCCUAUCUGGAACCACUUAUCUGCAAACGUACUAACUUAUAAACACGAUACUCUGAAGUCUGAACAAUGUCCCCUUCGAAUACCCUGCCCAAGGAAGGAUUAUAAAAGAAAGUUUGAAUAUGUUGCUGCCGUCUUAUUUAAUUCGCUCCACUGUAAAAAAAAAAAAAAAAAAAAAAAAAAUGCACGUCCCUCCAUGCAUUAAAAAACAUUGAAAAUCACUAAAGUUCUGACUGUCAUACAUGCAAUAGCACUGGAAUAACUUGAUGAUACAAUGAUUACAUAAUACUUGUUGAUUCACUCUAUAUGUAUGUAAUGAAUUCUAUUUUUACUUAAUUAUAUGUUAUAUGACACCUAGAUAGAUCCUUGCGAUUUGAUUGGUUGUUUGAUAUCGUUCAUUCAGCCCAUUUUGCAAUGACGUCAUCAACCGUGCAAUUUUGUAUCCAUUCAUCGUGCAAUUUUGGAUCCAUUCGAUUUUGUCCAUUGCACUCGCGCACCGAGACUGCAGCUCUUUGCAUGCAGCUCAUGCACCAGCAGUGCGCAUGUUGUAAUGACGUAAAAAUCACUGCAACAGACCGAACUCGCACUGCAUGAGCAUGUUUUGCAUCGAAAUUCAUGUAUUUCAUAUG